UGGGAUUCCAAGCUUGGGAUACACGCCCUCUGGGGGUAGAGCCCAAUACGGGAAACUACUGAAUGGAUUCAGAUCCGCAUAGCAACUGGUGACGUAUGGGGCCCUGCAGGGCUGCUGAGAGAAAAAGGAGCAAACGUAUUUCCUGUGCGCUGCCGGAAGCGCUGCUGCUAGUUCUGUAGGGAGUACUUGGGUGUUUUAGGUCUGCUUUUGACAGCGUUAUGGCAAAGACUGUGGCUUAUUUUUACGAUCCGGACGUGGGGAACUUCCAUUAUGGCACAGGUCAUCCCAUGAAACCUCACCGAUUAUCCCUUACACACAGUCUGGUUCUACACUAUGGACUUUAUAAGAAGAUGAUUGUCUUCAAACCAUACCAGGCUUCCCAGCAUGACAUGUGCCGAUUUCACUCUGAAGACUACAUUGACUUCCUUCAGAGAGUGAGCCCCAAUAACAUGCAAGGCUUCACUAAGAGCCUAAAUGCCUUCAAUGUUGGGGAUGAUUGCCCAGUUUUCCCUGGUCUCUUUGAAUUUUGCUCUCGGUACACAGGAGCCUCUUUGCAGGGUGCAACACAGCUAAAUAAUAAGAUCUGUGACAUUGCAAUUAACUGGGCUGGCGGACUGCACCAUGCUAAAAAAUUUGAGGCAUCUGGGUUUUGUUAUGUGAAUGACAUCGUUAUUGGCAUUCUUGAGCUACUUAAGUAUCAUCCUCGUGUUCUUUAUGUAGAUAUUGAUAUUCAUCAUGGAGAUGGAGUACAGGAAGCAUUCUACCUCACUGACAGAGUUAUGACAGUAUCAUUUCACAAGUAUGGGAAUUAUUUUUUCCCUGGUACAGGGGAUAUGUACGAAGUGGGAGCAGAAAGUGGAAGAUAUUACUGUUUGAAUGUUCCCUUAAGAGAUGGCAUAGAUGAUCAAAGUUAUAGGCACUUAUUCCAGCCUGUUAUCAAACAGGUGAUAGAUUUCUAUCAGCCCACCUGUAUUGUUUUGCAGUGUGGAGCAGACUCCCUGGGUUGUGACAGACUGGGGUGUUUUAACCUGAGCAUAAGGGGCCAUGGGGAAUGCGUUCAGUAUGUGAAAAGCUUCAAUAUUCCUUUGCUUGUUCUUGGUGGAGGUGGUUACACUGUGCGUAAUGUAGCUCGCUGCUGGACUUAUGAAACGUCGCUGCUUGUUGAUGAGACAAUUAGUGAAGAGCUGCCUUAUAGCGAAUACUUUGAGUACUUUGCGCCAGAUUUUACGCUUCAUCCGGAUGUUAGUACCAGAAUUGAAAACCAAAACUCCCGGCAGUAUCUAGAUCAAAUCAGACAGACCAUUUUUGAGAACCUAAAGAUGUUGAACCAUGCACCCAGUGUUCAGAUCCACGAUGUUCCAUCGGACAUUCUGAGCUAUGAGCGCACAGAUGAGCCAGAUCCAGAAGAGAGGGGUUCAGAAGACAACUACAGCAGGCCUGAAGCUUCAAAUGAAUUUUAUGAUGGUGACCAUGAUAAUGACAAGGAAAGUGAUGUUGAGAUUUAAAAAACAACCCUGAAAUGACAUUUUUCUAAGUGUACUCACGGCAGGCUGUGAGCCUAUACUUUACCAUUUUAUGAACUUCUCCCAUCAAUGUGCCUGGAUAAGGGUCAGCGGAUCCACUCCUAGGUUAUUUCAGGACAAUAUAUCCAGUUUGCCUGUUUUUUGGGGACAGGACUGUAUUAGAACUCGUCUACUUUUUGCAGGACUUUUUCCAAAAUGUUGGGACUUCCCACAUUUCAGAGAACAGCUCUCUUAACAGAGGGACUUUUUGCACUAACCGUGCAGCGAAGACUAGCUUUUUUUUGUAUAGUGUUACUGUUUAUUUGAUUUAUUCACAAAACAAGUUAUAUUGUUUUGAUGUUUUUUUUUAUUGUUAUUGGAAAUACCCAAAAUAUUAACUAGAUCACAUUGUUUAGGCACUUGCUCACGUUACUGUUGUUGCUGCAGCAGUAAAGGCUUACAUUUUUAGGAAUAAUUCAUGUGCAGUUAACCCUUUGUAAAUGCCUGUAAUAUGUAUAUUGCAGAUUUUCCAUUUAUUUACAGUGGAGCUGAGAAUUCGCUCUGAUAGUUGUGGGGUAGCUAAACAAACUUAGACCACUAUUUCACAUGGUGCACAUAAGAUAUGUGACUACCCUGUCUCUAUACAAGUAUAAUACAAGCUUUUGUUAAAAGUAACUGUAUGCUGGUACAGCUGGAACAAACCUGUGCAUUUACUAAGAAUUUUCCCUAAGAACCUCCAUCUAAGGGCCAUAUUUAUUAUAGUAUGUAAGCCAACAUCACUGGUGAUGUUGCCCAUGGAAAUCAAUCAGCAGUUAGAUUUGAAUGGCCACCUAUAAAUAUAAAGACAAAAGCAAAGAUCUGAUUGGUUGUUAUGGGCAACAUCACAGGUGUUGUUGGCUUAUAAUAAAUAUAACACUAUAAUAAAUAUGCCCCUUAAUGUGUUGGACAUAAACAACCCAGUUAAACUCUCAUCAUCCAGCUAAACCUUUUAGGCCAAGAGCUUUCCCUCACAAUGCAUUUCUUGUGGAUCCAGUUUCCUAUGUAUAAAUACACUUUAUUUUUUAUUAAACAUGAGGUUUGAUGUGAACAGAUCGUUGCUGGGCUGCAUAAUCAGAUUUUAUGCACUUGAAUUGAAGCUGCAGUGUUGUUUGCUUCAUUUCCUGAUAUUUGAGGCUAAAACAUGUAGAACAAAAUAACUAUUUUUAAAGGGUGUACUUUACCUUUAAUACUCAUCCUGAGUUUUAUGGUAAGCACCAACUGGUAUCCUACCCAGCCAAGAUUGAUAAUCAGGGAAUACUCUGUAUUGUGCACAACUGAAUGUUUGGGAUAGUCUUGUGUUGUAUAUUUUUAUGUUUUUUAAGUGCUCCUAUAUGAAAGUUGUAACAAAUGUGCUCACAUCCACAGCCCUUCUGGCUGAUUUGCCUUUGUUUGAAAAAGAGGCUUUCUGAUUGGUUGUGGAAUCAAACCUGAAAUCCAAUCACCCCUAAGAAUUCCAUAUACAUUUACAUAUAAUCUCUUUAAUUUCUGCUCAUUUGUUGUCAGUCCAUAUAUAUUUUAUAAAUAAACAAAAAAAGUUA